GUUCCCGGGCCGGGCGCUGGCGGGCAGCCGCGGGUUGCGCUCACGGCGCGCGUCGGACUCGGCUGCGGGCAGAGUUCUCUCCGCGCUCCCGCUCCUUCCCCUUCUUCUCCCGCGCCGCUCCGAGAAGGAAAGCUUGUUCUUAUUGCGAUUGCCGCCCUUGAUCGUUAUGACGGUGCCUUUAUUUCUGCUCUUGGCGAAGCGCUGAACGCCGGCCGAAGGGCGGUCGGAGCGCGCGGCGCAGCCGGAGAGCGGCGGCUGAGACCCUCUUCCGUUCCGCCCGCCGCGCUGCCCUGCUUCGUGCCGCUUUGUCUUCCCUUUCGCGGGCGGCCGCGCCGGGAACGCUGAUGCACCCGUUCCAGUGGUGUAACGGAUGCUUCUGUGGUCUGGGACUGAUUUACACCAACAAAUCGUGCACGAUGCCACCCAUCACCUUCCAGGACUUGCCACUAAAUAUCUACAUGGUGAUUUUUGGCACUGGCAUCUUUGUCUUUGUGCUGAGUCUCAUCUUCUGCUGCUACUUCAUUAGCAAACUUCGGCAUCAGGCACAGAGUGAAAGGUUUGGCUAUAAAGAGGUGGUUUUGAAAGGUGAUGCCAGAAAGCUAAACUUACAUGGGCAGACUUGUGCUGUCUGCCUCGAAGACUUUAAAGUGAAAGAUGAGCUGGGAGUGUUGCCAUGCCAACAUGCCUUCCACCGAAAGUGCCUUGUGAAGUGGCUGGAGGUCCGGUGCGUAUGCCCCAUGUGCAAUAAGCCCAUCGCAGGCCCCACCGAGCCUCACCAGAACAUCGGGAUGCUCCUGGAUGAGCUGGUGUGAUGUCCAUCCUCCCACCCGUAGCCGCUUCCCCAUGACUUCCCACAGAAAGCAGUCUCCACGGACUAUGGCCCUGAGGUUCUGCCCAUCCACCUGUGUCUGAGGCAGAGACGCUUCCUCACCAGGUCCGUCUUGAUCCUCCCUGAAGGGGGACCGUAAACCUAGUGCCAAGAUGGAAAGCAAGCUGGUCCUGCAGUCCAUCUCCAGCCUGGGAGCCGUUUCCAGGGGAAGAUUAAUCAGACGGGCAUAGGAUGCCAUACAGGCUCCCAUGAAGGCCUUGGAUCAGAAGGUCUGGACUUUCUCAAGACCAUCUGCAUGGACGAUGCAAGUCCCUUGCACCAGGAUUCUGCAGCUGGACUGCCACCGUGAUGCCAGUAGUGAGAUCAAAGUCUUCCCUUCAUCUAGGAAUCCCUGGUUAGAACCAGCAGAGAGUGAUCUUUGCUCGGCCUUUUCCUACUUCUGUUUCAUCAGAUCUAAUAAACCCUUUCUUUUCUA